AUGGCUUCAUUACCAUCUAUCCGACGAUCUUUGACAACGCUCGCUUCUCGCGCUGCCAACCAGGCCCCUGCCCACGUCGCUCCACGCAGUGCUGCCGCCAUCUUCAACCGGGAAUGCCUGAGCAAGAGAACAUUCGGGACAUCGGGCUUGCCGGGUCAAUCUCGUGCUAGAUUCGGGGCUGGAGCAUUGAGCGAUGUUCAGCGACAAAGCCAAUUCAAGCAAUCCAUUCGACGAAAGAGUGAUAAUGGAGAGCCGUUGAGACAAUGGGGUUUCGAGGAUAUCAACGCCGCUCUCCCCACAGACCCAAACGCCGCUUCUCCCCCGGCAACCCCCCAAAAGAACCUCAUCCUCGUCGAUGUCCGUGAACCCGCCGAGCUCAACUCAACGGGUAUCAUUCCCUCCGCCGUGUCCGUCCCGCUUGCCUCCCAGCCCGAUGCUUUCUUCUUGACUCCUGACGAAUUCGAGACUCGCUUCGGGUACCCCAAGCCUGGUGCGGAGGAGGACCAGACGCAGGAGAUUGUGUUUUACUGCAAGGCUGGUGUGAGGGCCCGUGCGGCGGCGCAAUUGGCUGUUCAGGCUGGAUAUGAUCCGGCGAAGCUUGGAGUUUAUGAUGGGAGCUGGUUGGACUGGGUGGACCACGAGGGUAAGGUCGAGCGAUGGGAGGGUCCGGAUUAUGAUUAA